ACGAGCAGCCCUGUUUGUUUGUGUUGAGAUUGGAAAUGGCGGAGAGCAGAGAACGAAGCGAUAACUUGGCUUUGCAAACGCGAGUGCGCCGUCAUUGAAACGCAGAUACCACCCACGAGUGAUUCUCGGAGUUGCUUACGGUUUACCUCUGCCGAUGGGAUAUAAGUCGGACGCAGCGAAAAGGGGAUUUUCGGAACAAGGUUUGGAUUUAGCGAGCUGGUUAGCCAGCUAAGCUAACCGUGCUAGCAGCCUGGCGUUAGCUGGCUUCGAGUCGUGUGUGUGUGUGUGAUUUUAACUACGCAAGCUUGUUUGUCAACAUAAGAUGACGUUAAAUUGCCAGCGAGCCAGCUAGCACGCAACUUUUUUUCUUCGCCCGGCUUCCAAAGCUAAACUAACAUGAUCGCCACAGCUCACCGCAAAAUUAUUAAUCCAGAGGAGCAGUAGGUAAAACGAGCAAAAGCAGUAAAUUAAGCUGCUAACUGGCUUGUUUUACGCAAGCUGCCGUUUUCAUGGGAAUUGAUCACCCAGCGUGACAACUUACAGCAGGACCCCGUGGGCAGGACCUUUUAUUCACAAGUUGACAAAACGGUCAGAGGCCAACAGGCUUCUCCCUGCGCCCGGGGUGGUGCCAUGUGACGGAGCAGCCGUGGUGCUAUAACCCCACCAUCACGACCGCUCCAUCACCUCCAUUCCAAGCUGUUUGCCCACCACUGAUUGCUCCCCCUCCAGUCUCCCUUUCCUCCCUUUAUCUUUGCUCUGAGCCCUGGACAAGGCCAAAACCACAGCCAACACAUGACUCACCCACUGGAGCCCUAGAUCAAGUCAGUUAAAGCUGAAAAUGAGUGCAGUAGGGGAAAACCCUCUGGACCCUGCCACGCCAGAGUCACGCAAGAGGAAGGGCUCACCAUGUGACACAUCAGGGCAAAGUGUGGAGAAGCGGAGGCGGGAGCUGGAGUGCCGCUACAUCGAGGAGCUGGCUGAGCUGCUGUCAUCCAACAUGGGAGACAUUGCCAGUCUCAGUGUCAAGCCGGACAAGUGCCACAUCCUCAAGAGCACCGUGGACCAAAUCCAGCAGAUGAAACGGCGUGAGCAGGAGAAAGCAGCUCUUCUGUCUCCGGAUGAGGAGGUGCAGAAGAGCGACAUCUCCUCCAGUAGCCAGGGGCUGGUGGAGAAGGAGGCCCUGGGGCCCAUGCUGCUAGAGGCCCUUGAUGGGUUUUUCUUCGUCGUCAACCGGGAGGGCCGCAUCGUCUUUGUUUCGGAGAACGUGACGGGUUACCUUGGAUACGCCCAGGGGGAGCUGAUGACCUCAAGUGUCUACAGCAUCCUCCAUGUGGGAGACCACAAUGAAUUUGUUCGCAAUCUGCUGCCCAAAAGCCUGGUAAAUGGCGUGCCGUGGUCACAGGAACCUGGCAGAAGGAACAGCCACACCUUCAACUGUCGCAUGCUGAAAAGGCCACCGGACGAGAUGGACUCCGAAAAUCCGGAGGCUCUGCAGCAAUAUGAGAUCAUGCAGUGUUUCACCGUGUCCCAGCCACGGACCAUGCAGGAGGAGGGAGAUGACCUGCAGAGCUGCCUGAUCUGUAUUGCCUGUCGGAUACCUCGCGCCCAGCCUUUGAGCACUGAGUCUUUCAUUACGAAGCAGGACCCUACAGGGAAGAUCAUCUCCAUAGAAACUAGUGCUUUGCGGGCGACAGGCCGGCCUGGCUGGGAGGACCUGGUCAGGAAGUGCAUCUACGCUUUCUUUCAGCCGCAGGGCAAAGAGCCCUCCCACGCCAAGAAGCUGCUGCUUGAGGUGAUGAGCCAUGGCACCGCUAUCAGCCCGUUGUACCAUUUCGCGCUAAGUGAUGGCACCCCGCUCAGCGCUCAAACCCGCUGCAAGUUCUGCUGCCCCCCCAACCCUGACGUACAGCCCUUCAUUAUGGGCAUUCACACUAUUGACAGGGAACACAACACUUCUAGCUCUCAGGAAAACACUAACCCCAGCCUUCCGACCCUUGGCAGCCUUGCCCAAACUCCCUCCCGCUCCCCUUCCCUCCCUCCCAGCAGCAACUGGACCCAAGGCGCCGGCCUCGCCACCCCGGGCCUUCACCCCAACAACACCAACACCUCCUCCCACGGACAUAAUCCAGCCACACCCACAGGCUACCUGACGCCCAAUCGGACCUUUCCCCAGCAGGUCAACAGCCCCUCUCCUUUGAGCAGCCCACUCACAGCCACCCCUACCUCUUUUAUGUCACCCAGGAUGCCACGGGCCAGUCCUGGGUUAGGGGGAAGCCCUCGGGUACCGGGGAACCCCUUCUCUCCUUCCACACCAGGCCUCCAUUCCCCAGCGGGGGAGCUGAGUAGUGGAGGCAGCCUCAGCAAGCAGCAGUCUGGCGGUGAUGGUAGUAGCGGCGCCGUAGGUGGGUCAACGGGGUCCUUCUCCCUGACCUCUCCUGUCCUACAGAGACAAGCCAGUACACCCACCGGCUCCUCCAGUCGGCCUCCAUCUGCGAAACCGCCAGAGGGAGGAGAAGGACGGGGAGAGGACUCUGUUAAAGCCCCCCUUCCUUCUGCCUCACAGCUGGGUAACCCCAGACUCAAUCAGCUCCUGGAUAGCAACGGGACGGGAGUUGAACCUAACAACAACAGAAUCCACUGCACCUCAUCACCUCUUCCACCAAACCCUCCUCCUGUCCCUCAGUGCCCUGCCUCUCACAGCACCUUAACGGAACGGCAUAAGAUCCUGCACCGGCUGCUCCAGGACACCAGUCCCAACGACGGCUCCACCACCACCGAGGAAGGACUAAACAAACACGAUGUUGAGAUCAAGAGGGAGCUGCCUGCCAGUCCAGCUCUUAACGCAUCACCUCCCAAGUCCAGCUCCAGAGAGCCACAGGACCAUCAACUACUCCGUUUUCUCCUGGACACAGACGAAAAGGACCUGGGGGACCUUCCACCUCCAUCUGCUCUCACCCUGCAGACGGUUAGGGUAAAAGUGGAGAAGAGAGCCAGCGUGGAGGGAGCAGCCUGUACGGGCUCUACUGCUGCAGCAAGAGGUGCAUCCAAACCUGCAGGAGUUUGCAGCAGCUCGGCUUGCAUCAGCCCCAAAUCAAGCCCCGUCAGAGAGAACUGCAGAGACAGCCGCAGGGACAGCCGAGACUCCACGAUCUCUGGUGGCCCUGUUGACAUGGACCCUCUCACCCAGCUGCUGCCUGGCCUGAGAGGCCCGGGUGAGGUCAAACACGGCAGUGAGGAUUCAACAACCCCUGGAGGAGGCCCCCAACUCCACUCUCCAGCCUCGCAGCCCUCAGCUCAGCUCCAGUCCUCCCUGCCUCAGCUCCAGUCCCCGCUUCCUCAGCUCCAGUCCCCCCUGUCCCAGCCGCAGUCCCUUUCCCAGUUGCAAUCGCCGUCACCCCAGCUCCAGUCCCCUUCCCCCCAGCUCAAACUGCAGUCACCCACUCAGCUCCAGCCCGGUGAGGCCGGCACUCCCCGCAACGUCAAUGUGAAGAGAGAGCCUCCCGGCACUCCGAACAGAGGACUCGCCGAUGGAGGCCCGACCUCCGGCUGCAGCCUCCAGAGUCAGUCAGCCUUUGAUUUCUGCAGUCCCCCCACUCCGAAGCAGACACAGAACCAGGGACAGGGAGACAUCUUCCAGACCCCCCAGGACAGCAGCCCCUUUCCAGAGGCAGACAUUAACCCAUUCAGUUCAAGCACUGGCCUAUCUAAGAUGGACGUGGGAGACUCCCAGUUCCAGCCUCUGGCUCUGUCUGACACCUUGUCAUUUGAUGGUCUUGGAACACCUUUACAAGCUUCCUUGGCAUCACCGCAAGAGCAGUGUGUGCCAUGUUCGCUGGAUGAAGUGCUGGGCCCUCCGACCACAUCCGAGGGCCGGAACGAUGAGAAAGCUCUGUUAGAGCAGCUCGUCUCCUUCCUCAGUGGGACUGAUGAGAGUGAACUGGCCGAGCUGGAUAAGGCUCUGGGUAUUGACAAACUGGUGCAGGGCGGCUGUUUUGAACCUUUGCCUCCAAACUUCCCAACCCAGCAGCCCACUGCCACGCCAGGUUCCAUGGACCUUAAACUUCCCACCUACCUUUCCCAGUUUACACCAGCUCAACAAGCUCAGUUUCCUCCCGAGCUGGCCACGGUGGUGGGGACACAGGGUCUUGGGUUUGGAGCCCCCCGGGGGGCUUUCCCCGGCGGGACGACGGGCAUCGGGCUGAGGCCAGGCAUGACGCGACCACAGGGGAUUGGCCCUCAGCUCAGGCUGCCACCCAACCAACUGCGCCUGCAGCUGCAGCAGAGGCUGCAGGGCCCACAGCAGCUCCAGAACAGGGUGGCGGGCAUGAAUGCGUUUCCUGGAGGCGCCCAGCAUGUGAACAUAGGGAUUCGUCAAGGGGUUCAACAACCUCAAAUGCCCUCACAGCAGCCUCCGCUGAAUGCCCAGAUGCUGGCCCAGCGACAGAGGGAACUCUUCAGCAUUCAGCACCGCCAGCGCCAGCUUUUCCAGCAGAAAGUCAUGCUGAUGAGACAGAACAUGGCAGGGGCUCCGACCGGAGCUGUGGGGCCCAUCGGAACUGCCAGGGUCCCAAAAGGUCCCACAACAACGCCUCAACAGCAGCAGCAGCAGCAACAACAACAGCCGCAGCAGCAGUUCAACUUUCCACAAGGGUACCCCCCGUUGACGGGAAAAUCCCCUACCUCACCAAGUCAAUUCGGCCCCAUGAGUGGGAGCCCUCUGGACAACAAACUGCCCGGCAGAGUUCCCCUGAAUAACCAGGCGCUGAUGGGCAGCGUGCAGGGCCAGUUCAGCAGCACCGUCAACUCCUCAUUGCAGCAGGGCCUGUUUCAGCAGUUUGGAGGGACUGCUAUCGCCCAGCAAGACCCAUCUUUCCCAUCUGAGAUGAGCCCGACCAGCCCGUUGUUGUCACCUCAAAGCUCCACCUCCCAGAGUCCUCUGCUUCAGCAGGCCCCGCCCCCUGGCUACCAGUCACCAGAAAUGAAGAGCUGGCAACAGACAGGCAUGGGCAGCAACAGCCUGUUCAGUCAGUCAGGACAGAGUGCGGGGCCGGCUUUUGGCCAGCAGGGGGUUUACAACAACAUGAGCAUCACCGUCGCCAUGGCCGGGGGCUCGGCUAGUGUCGGCUCAUUACCUCACGUGGGGCAGCCGGUUGGCAUGAGCAACAGUAACCUCAGUAACGUCGGUUCAGUGUGCAGCGACCAGCAGGUGCAGCAGGUUCAGGUGUUCGCGGACGUGCAGUGCACAGUGAACCUGGUCGGCAGCGACUCCUACCUGAACCAGGGCUCCAUCGGAGCCACGGCCUCCCAGAAGGGCCCCGGAGCACAGGGCUCCCAGAACAACCAGACCCAGCAGAAGAGCCUCCUCCAGCAGCUGCUCACCGAGUGACAACUCUCGCAAACCCCUUCAGCUCUCCUACCCCCUCUACUUCUCACUUCUACGCCUCCUCCUCGGAGGUCGGUGCACCGGACCCAUUGCUGUCUCUGUCUCACCUUUUGGAUGGAAGGGUGGAUGUUUGGACGAGUCCGGCUGUCGGUGGAGCUACGCAGCCUGACCACUUCUGUGCGCACGGGGGAUUUCGGGGGGCUGGUUGUUUUUAGACGCCCAGUACUUUUAAGAAAAGACUCAUGUCAGAAGGAGCAGCAGUGUAUUUAAACCUGCCUGUCUAAUCUGUCUGACAACCUGUCUGUCUGCCUCAGCCUAUUAAAGGCAGUGUUGUCUUGCUGCUCAUUCCUUGGUGACCUACUUCCUGCUUCUUGACCCAAGAAAAAAACAACAACUGCGACAUCAUUGUAGAUUUGCCAAGUUCUCGUCACUGUCAAAUCAGGGCCGGCCUCUCUUUUUUUGCUUUUUUUUUGUUUUUUUCCUCCGUUUUUGUUUUUGUGAUGGUGGCGGUUUCUGUCGUCGCAGCAGCAGUGCAUCUUGGGAGCAUGAGUUGCAGCAUACAGCUGAGCUCAUCAUUUUAAGUGUGGGGGUAUCCCACACAGCAGCACCUCUGGCUUUUUAUUUUGGUCCGUUUUUUUGGGGUUUUUUUUCUCUACCUGUCUCUCAGCGAUGUGGGAAUGUUAAGGUUUCAGACCUCUGUGGCAUUGUGGGAUAGAAGCUCAGUAUCAGCUGGUUCUGUGACUGUCUCUCUCUAUCAGCUACAGUGCCUGGUGGAAGUUUGAGUUUUUCCCAAGCUCUGCUUCUUCUUCUUCUUCUUCUUCAUCUUCUACAUAUUAAUCUUAUUAUGUCUUCGUUUUUGUUUUUUUGGGUUGAAUUGUUUUGUUUAAAAUCUUCUGCUCUCACCGUCAUCAUCAUUAUCAUCAUCAUCAUCUUCAUGAUCAUCAGAACAAACUUUGACAACAGCCAGAUUGGAUGAAUUGAUGGAUGGAUGGAUGGGAGAAAGACGGGAUGCUGCUCAGUUUGGAACUUACGUGUCUUUCUCUCACCCCCCACCCCCCCAGGAGGAGGUUUUUAUUUUUUAAGUAUAAAAAAAGAGAUUGUUAUGAUUAUUUAACUGUAUGUCUGUCACAUUUUACCCAUCACCUCAGCAGCUGUGAAUACAGAACCCUGUUGGGUUCUCUCUCUCUCUCUCUCUCUCUCUCUCUCUCUCUCUCUCUCUCUCUCUCUCUCUCUCUCUCUCUCUCUCUCUCUCUCUCUCUCGGCCUAUCAGUGUUGUAUGCCAUGUGCACCAUGCAGGCGCUUAGUAUUGUACAGUACAGAAGGACAAAGACUUGGGGAUGAGCUCACUUGUAACUGCUUUCCUUUAACAAACAAAAAAAAAGUGUAAUUAAUUGAUUACUCAGAACAGCAAAACUAUGUAUAAUGUGAUUCGAUCCAGGUUGGUUCGGUCCAUUUUUAAAAAUUGUAAUAAUGUCAGCUCAUGGUUUUUGAGAUUAUUUUUGGCAUCAUGAUAUUGUAACCUCCCCUACAUGUUGCAGUGGAGGAGGAGGUUAUUCCAUCUUCUGAAAUGUGAAAAGGAAAUUUCUGAAGCAAUUGAUCUUGAAAUAUAGCUACGCUCCCUUCGGCAUCCCAUUCAGCGCUACGAGAAGCUACACUACUUUCCGAAGAAAAGAAAAAAAAUUGGUUUGAUUGCUUUGCUUUCUCUUGUGGCAACAAGGGAACUAGUUCUCUUGCUUAUAUCCUUUUUUUUUUUUUUUAUACUUUCAAGACAACUUUUCCGACAGUACACGUGUUUGUAACCAUUGUAUAAAAAAAACAGAAGAAGAAGAAUACCUCAAACUGUGUUCUUUGCUGGGAUGGCUUGACCAUUGGCGAUGCUAACGGUACUGAGCCGCAUCGACAUAAUGUUCCCGUUGUCGCAGCAAACAGCCAUUUUGGGGUAUUGUUCCUAUAUAUUGACAUUUAAGUAGAGGCUUUAGUAAUAGGAGUUCCUAACAAAGAUGUGAUGGAUAAUUCAUUUGAAGCUGUCAUGAAAUUGAAUCAAAACAGGAUGGGUUGAGUCGCAAAAAAAAAUUAUUUUCUUUUUAUGUUCUCCUACAAAAAAAUAAUUUUUUAUCAGUGUUCCUUUUUGGGAGGAUUCAGCCCUUCUUCUCCCUCCACUUUUCUCUGAUGAAGACUUACAGGCUAAACACACACACACAGUUUUCUGUUGACUACUGUUGCUAAGUCAGACACUUUCUCUCUCAGCGAUAACAGACCUCUGUUAAAUCAGAAAAAAGAUGUGCACACUUUACCUGGAAGUUAGAAAAAAGGAAAAAAAAAAUAAACGUGCCUAGACGUUUCCUCUAAAUAUUCUUUACACGACUAAAUUAAUGUAAAGACACGGUUAUGAUCUGGAUAUUGGGGCGUAAGAAGUAUCUGACCCAAAGGUUUGAAGUGUAGGAUGUUAUAAGAACUACUAUAAGUCCCACACAUUUUGUAUCCGUCUCUUGGGCCCUUUUGUACACAGGAAUAAUUUCAUUCGGGAACAUGAGGUUGAUUUGUAACGACCACAAAGGUCUUCUUCUGUCAAAUCUGCCACGUCUCCACUCCAGCACAAUGUCAGACGUCUCCUGAUUGGACUCAUCCUUGUUCUUGGUUCAUUGUUUUUUUUAUUUUUUUUUUUAAAAUCUUCCUUGUGUCAUGGAAACUUGGAGACACUGGUGGAAUCUGUUGAGAGGUGUUUUUGGGGGCGUUAUUAUGGAACCCACGCAACUUCUAGGUAAGACCCGCCCUUCAAUAGCGUUCACACGCUACCAUUGGCCAGAAGUCCAUGCUUACUCAAGGUAACAGAACCCGAUUUGUUCAGGUCCUGUCCCCUGACCAGUCGGCCAUCCUAACCUUAACCACUCCAGGUCAAUGCCUAACCCCAACCAAUCGGGCAGUUUUGUAUGGCGGGACGUGCCAGGAAGUUGCGUGGGAUCCAUAAUAACGCGUUUUUGGGGGGUGUUUUUGCACACAGCGCGGACCUCACAUCCAGAUAUUAGGACCAUUCAUCACCCCUUCUGUAAAUGCAACUACUUAACGCAUCGUUAACUCACAUUAGGUCAACAACAUUACAGUCGGAUGCUACUUCAGUGGAAUAGGGCUUCCCUGUGUACUGUGUGUUUUUUUUUUUUUGUGUGUUUUUUUUUACAGAUACUUUACUGUAUGCAACGGAUAUCGAGGGAUAGUAUGCAAGGUCAACAUUCCACCCAACCAACUCCUCAGAUGUUGUCGAUGUGAGAACCACUUUGUGCUCAGCUGAAAGGUGUGUGUUUGGACACAUUCAUGUGCAGAUCCACGCACUGUUUAUCCAAACAGAGGCCCAGGAGCAGUCGCCAUCUUUAAUCCUUAUCUAAACGCAGGGAACUCUGCCCUCCGGACUCAAACAGAUUCUGAUUUACAGAGACUUUCUGAGAUGUGUUUUUAUUUUAUUUUUUCUAUUUUUCUGUGUGUAUAUUUAUUAGAAACCAUCAGUAGAACAUCUUUUUAUUACCUCAUUGUUUCAUCAGACAGUGCUUCUAUCUGAUAAUCUUUCCUUUUGACCAUGUUUUCACACUGUGAGCAGCCAGUUUGAUCAGAAAAAUCAAGUACAUUUUUACAAUGUUUUAACCUUCUGGAAACAUCGUUUUGAUUCGACAAUACUGGCUACCAAGCACUUAAGUUAACAAGAAACAAAGAAACAAUAUGUAUUCAUAAAGGUUAAGUGCUGCAGCCGACAAUUCAUAUUAUCGGUUAGUCUGUCGGUCAUUUCUGUAAAAUAUCUGAAAACUUGUUAAAAGAAAAGUUUCCCAGAGCCAAAUUAAAAUGAUAUAAAACGGAGAAAAGCAUUAAAUCCUCAGACUGGAGAAGCUGGAAUCAGCAAUUGUUGGUUCUUUUUGCUUUAGAAAAAAAAAGGAACUUAAAACAUGAAUUUAAUAUCAAAAUAAAAAAAAUUAGCGAGUUCCAGCUUUCCUGAGAUAACCAUCAGCUGAUAAUUUUUUUUAAGAUUUGUGCUGCUCUUUCCUUUGACCUCCACCUCAGCCUGCGGGUUUAUGUGUGUGUCUCAGAUUCAAACUUCGCCUCUACCUCCAAACUGAGACUUUGGAAAAAAAAAAAAAAAAACAGUAGCAGUAAUGCAGUACCUACCUGCCAGUUUACUUGAUAGAAGUUAACCCUCCUCCAACCCAGAUUGUCAGUUUUUAGACACGGUUUCCGUUUCACUUUUGGUCUCUGAUGAUGUUGCACUUAUACCUCCUCUUCAGGAGUAGGAGGCGGACUCCAAAAGCAAGGAGAGAGUUAAGGUCGAGAACUGGAACAAAGCCAUCAACGCAUUUAAGUGGUUAAAACAGAAAUCUGUAGAGACUGAGGCUUUUUGAUUGCCUGCACUUAGAUUCUUGUCCAUUUUUUAUUUUUUUUUGUGCAAGGCAGCGCUGUUCAUAAAGAAAGAGAAAGUCAGGGAGCGGGGGAGCUCUGAAAUUUGCAGUGGAUGACGAGCUUCUUGAGCAACCUAAACCUCAUCCAUGUUGCCUUCUUACGUUUUAGAGGAAAAUGUCCGGCUCAUGUUACUCACAGUGUGAAUUCACCCGUCAGACACUCCUGCGCCACUGUUUGAUCGAUGUAAAACACUCAGAAGAGACCGAAGCUGCACAAAGUGGAAGAAUGUAUUUUAUUAUUAUUAUUAUUUUGGAAGGAUUCUGGCAGUCUCAGCCUCCUCUUGUUCAUCUGCUCGGAUGAUAUCACACAUACAGUAUUGCUACCCCUCCCCCUUUCUCCUUUCUUUCACUUUUCUGCGUGGAGUAGGCAUUCCUAUGGAAACGGUUUCUUCUACAACUCUGUUAACUGCAGAAACAGCAACUGUCAACUUAUCAAAAAAUGCCAAAUACAACCAAUGAAAUGUCUAUUUUUCUUCUUUUUUUUCUUUUUUUUAAUGAACCAGCCAUUCAAUGGAAAGCGACAGUCCCUCCUUCCUCACUACAAUUAACAGGUACAAGGUUCUUUUAUAACAUUGGUUUCAAGAUGUUAACAUAAUGUAUAUAACAGAGAAAUGUGAAAAUGUAUUUGUUCAGAAUCAACAAAAAAAGUAGUGCUCCGAGUUUGUGGUAAAAAACAAAACGAAAAAAAACCCAGAAAAAAACUACUCGCCUCCGUCAUGUUUUGAUUUUAUGUUUUGAUUUUCUACCUUUUUUUUAUUUUUCUGACUAUGUAUGUAUAUGACUAUCAGUGAGUGCGUAUGUAUGUGUGCAAGUGAUUAAUACUGUAUAUCUGGUGUUCUCUGAGAUGGAAAAGUGGAAGAUGUCCUGGUUUGAUUCUUUUCUUCUUUUUACUCUUUAGACCCUGCACAGUACCUGUGGGUGUUUCAGAUAACUAUGCCAGAGAAUGGUUUAGCGACUGCUGAAUGUGAUUUUACUGAGAGAGAAGCAGUGUGGACUGGCUUUUUGUACGGGUUAAUUAAAAAAAAAAAAAAAAAAAAAGGCCAUAUUAUUUAAUUUUCUCUGUUGUCAAAAGUUUAAGCAGAUCUGGGAGAGUGGAGCCUUGGUUUUAUGGAGAAGCAUUGCCUGGUUUUGUGUGUGUGUGUGUGUGUGUGUGUGUGUGUGUGUGUGUGUGUGUAUAUGAGUGGGCUGUUUCUUUUAUAUUUCUUCUAACUGUCUGACUGAUGUAGCCUUUUUUUGUUGUCGUUGCAUUUGUCAAUAGUAAAUGACCAAAGCUUCAAGAUGUUUGAUGGAUAUCAUAUGCAAAAACCUCAUCAUCACUGGACAAGAUACAAUGUAGCGGCCCCUUUUUAUUCGUUUGGAUUUCUCACACGGCAACAUUCUGCUGCUGUUUGAUUUGCGUGUUCGUCUUUCCUUCGCUCGUUCACAAUCGGUCCUUUUAAAGUGGCCCCGGGUCACUUUGGAGACGUCUCAACUUUGCCAAUGAAGUUUUUUUUUUUUUGCCUGAAGUGCUAUCACUCGUUUACAGGAAGAAAAGAAAACAUUGCAACCGAUAGCUAUGCACCUUACUGAUACAAGCAUUUCCUAACGUUGACUUGGGUAUGUAGAAUUAACACUGGAGCAACACUAAAUCAUUCAUUUCAUAGGCAAAGAAUUCAUAGUUACUUUACACAAACGAUUAAAAAAAAAAAAAAAAAGCCCCUUCAGUUAGUCUAGUGAAUUUAGUUGAUAUCUGAUGACCUCUCUCAGCUUUUAAUCUCUUUCUUGGAAAAAGAAAGGGCUUUUUCUUCCAUUAACUGAAUACUUUAUACCAAACUUAAGGUGCCUCGUGUAUAUACUUUCUGCGGUGAAGAUUGCUCCUUUGCUGUUUAACAAUAAUAACCUUGUUAACCAGGGUUUUUUUUUAAAACCUUUUUUCAACUUUAUAAAAAAAAAGUUUACUGUAUUAUAAAAGACUUUUUUACACACGUAGAUUAAUCAAAUUAUUCCAGGAAUUUGCAAAUACAAUCUAAUUUUGCACUUUAUAUCAGAUUUACUUGGGAGUGAAAAGGCCAUCACAAACUGUCUCAAUCAGAUCAGUAUUUGGAGAUAGAAUAAGUCCCCUGAAUGUACCAAGAAAAUUAAUGAAUAGCUCAGGUUCUUUAUGAAGAGCUUGACUGUAGUGGAUACCCAUUAUCCAAACAACGACUAGAAAUUGUACUCACUUGACCUUCUUUCUAACGUCUCUCUGUCUCUUUUUGUCUACACCAACUGAUCCUCAGUAUAAAUACUAUGCCAAUCUUCUUCAGGUGACCCCCCCCCUCCCCUCUGCGCUGUCAGCCGACGCCUGGCAAACUGUUAGAAAACCUCCAGGUUGAACUCUCAGAACAUUCCUGCUCACAACAGUUUCAGCAACCGUCAACACUUAGCUCUGUAGCUGCCGCCGCCGCUCGGCAUUCACUUUGCCGCAGCUUUGAACGUGUUUUUCCUUAAACCAAGGUGGACACUCGCUUUUUGUUCGUAAAAGUCUGGCUGUGUGAGACUUAACCUCUGCUAUCUAGCAAAAAUUGUGCACUGACAUAAAUGACAACACGCUAACCGUGUUGCUUGUCUUCUCUGUUUUGCUUGUCUUGUCACACUUCCGUGCUGCCUAUUGUGGAAUAUGUUGUUUUGUGCUGAUGAUACCAGAAUCAGGCCAAUGCAUGGUGCAGAUCGGGCAAUUAUUGGUGCAGGAUUGGGUCAAUGUCUGGUGCAGGAUUGGGCAAAUAUUUGGUGCAAGAUUUAGUCAAUGUCUGGUGCAGUAUUGGGCAAAUAUUUAGUGCAGGAAUGGACAAAUAUUUGGUGCGAAAUUUGGACAAUAUCUGGUGCAGGAUUGGGCCAAUAUCUGGUACAGGACUGUCAAUAUUUUUUGCAGGAUUGGGCAAAUAUCUGGUGCAGGAUUGGGCAAAUAUCUGGUGCAGAAUUGGGCCAAUUUUGGUCCAGGAUUGGGCCAAUAUUUGGUGCAGGAUUGGGCCAAUAUUUGGUGCAGGAUUGGGCCAAUAUUUGGUGCAGGAUUGGGCCAAUUUUGGUGCAAGAUUGGGCCAAUAUUUGGUACAGGAUUGGGCCCAUAUCUGGUGCAGGACUGGGCCACUACAGUAGUUGGUGCGGAAUUUGGCUGAUGUAGGUAAUCAUGUUUGGUGUCAUGGAAAUUCAUAGCAAAAAAAAAUUGGCGCAUGAAUUCAAUUCCAUAAAUUAAAGGAGGAUACAGUUUGAUAAGCUUUCGUCUUUUUUUUCUGAAGCGAGUCAAAAAUAUGAAGCAUUCUCGCUUGUCAUUGGUCCAAACUGGUAUUUGUGCACCGCUAAGACUCUCCAUAGUCCUUUAACUCCCACUCAUUCCUGGUGCAGGUGUUCAAAACUAAUGUCUACUCUAUGUUAACAGCAUCAGUUAAGUAUUGUAAGUGCUGUUGUAUUGGGACGGAGGUGGAUAUGGUUCAGAGACUUUAAAAGAAGGCUUGUUAUUAACUCACCACUUUGUGUUGUUUUCUGGGGGCGGUAAUGCUUUCUCUGGAGAAUUUGAGAAAAAAUGACCAAGGUUCCACUUUCUCCCUUGUACAAAUUAAUAUAAAUAAAUAUAUAUAUAUAUAUAAAUAUAUAUUAUACAUUUUACUCAUUUUUGUCCAGUUUUGUAUAUUACACUCAUGUAAAGUUUGUUUUUAAAAGAGGCAUCGGAGCAGCUAUUACAAGACAAUAUGAGUGACAAUGUUCAUCUGGGAGAAUUUUAUGGUUGUUAUAUUUCCUCUUUUUCUCUCUCUGUCUCUUUUAAUACCCCCAAACCCCCCCCUUGUUCAGGUGUGCAACGUGAAUAUAAAGAAAUCUACCUUUUUCUUUGGAAUGUUGUAGACAAUCAGUCUCAGGCCGGGUACAGUCCCUGCAGUGAGUGAGAGCCCUGUAGGCUGAUAGACAAACAAAAACCUUUUUGUUUGACAAUUUACAAAAACUCUUUAUUUGCAUCUACUGGAAGUCUAAAUUUGGAGGUUUGCUCAUUCAUAUGUUGGUGGCUGCUCAAGUUUACACACACACACACACACACUUCUCUACUACACUCAAAACACAAACACCUCGUGCAUUUGAUCCCUCUGCUUUUUUUUUUUUUCUUUCCCAAGGUGAGGAUGCCAACCUUGACGAAAUGAUGCUUUGACUAACAAAUCUAAAACAUCUAUGAAUGUGGGAAUGCAACACAUUGCAAUAAAGCACCAUUUGAAAUGCA